AUGAUGCAAGAUUUAGGCUUAGAAAGCUUCUCAAACGAUGUCGUUCGCUUAGACCUCACUCCUCCUUCCCAAAGCUCAUCAACAUCUCUCUCUAUCGACGAAGAGGAAUCAUCUGAGGCCAGGAUCCGACGGCUUAUAUCGGAGCAUCCAGUGAUCAUCUUCAGCAGAUCUUCUUGUUGCAUGUGCCACGUCAUGAAAAGACUCCUCGCAACAAUCGGAGUCAUCCCCACCGUCAUAGAGCUCGAUGAUCACGAGGUUUCCUCUCUCCCCACGGUUCUCCAAGAAGAAUAUUCCGGUGACGGCUCCGUCGUUGUUCCUCCGCCGGCGGUUUUCAUUGGCCGUGAGUGCGUUGGAGGUCUCGAGUCCCUCGUCGCGCUCCAUCUAAGUGGUCAUCUUGUCCCUAAGCUUGUCCAAGUUGGAGCUCUUUGGGUAUGA